UGAAUGACAUCAGGCACUUUUGCGGUUGCACGUCUGCCUGCACGUCACUUCCUCCAGCCUCUCUCGCUUCCAUCUUGCUCCCCGCGUGUGCUCGUUGCUAGUGUGCAGAUGAAAGAAAUAAUAAUGAAUCAAGAAAAACUUGCCAAACUUCAGGCACAAGUCCGCAUUGGCGGCAAGGGCACUGCUCGCAGAAAGAAGAAGGUCGUGCACAGAACCGCAACAGCAGAUGACAAGAAACUUCAGUUCUCCCUAAAGAAACUAGGCGUCAACAACAUCUCUGGUAUCGAAGAGGUGAACAUGUUUACGAACCAGGGGACAGUGAUCCACUUCAACAACCCCAAAGUGCAGGCCUCCCUGGCAGCCAACACCUUCACAAUCACUGGCCACGCCGAAACCAAGCAGCUGACAGAGAUGCUGCCCAGCAUCCUCAACCAGCUGGGAGCAGACAGCCUGACAAGCCUCCGGAGACUGGCUGAGGCUCUACCCAAACAGGCUGGAGAUGGAAAAGCACCAAUUGCCCCCAUAGAGGAAGAGGAUGAUGAUGUUCCAGAUCUGGUGGAGAAUUUCGAUGAGGCUUCCAAGGAUGAGGCAAACUAAAGAAAAAAAACAGACCUUCAGGAGUCUCAACCGGACUUGACUGGGUUGGAUAGGGGCACUAGGCGUUAUUUUUUAACAUUUUAUUUCUUAUUUCUUGCCACCCGACUCUGAAAUGCUUUUUUGUGCACUGUGGUGUCCGUGUCCAGUUUGAGUCAGUGAGAGAUUGUACGGGUUGUCUGAGGUUUGUGCUCUUCAUAUUCUCUUCAGCUGUUUCUUCCAUGUUACUGAACCUGAUUUCUUUGCAGUCUGGCUGAAACCAUAUCUGGAAUAAACAUUUUGCUAUUGUCAAUUUA